AUGCGUUCCCUAACCUCACCUUCACCGCCGUUGCAGCAAUCGCAAUUAUCGUUUUCUUCAAUCGCUCAAUACGUAUUCCUGGCCGGUUUAGCAUACGUCCUUGCGGGAGCACCUUUAUCGUCCUUCCUUAAUUCCUCGUCAUCUGGUUCAGAAAACAGCUACAAUUUCAAUAGCAGAGCAAGAGAAGGGAAGGUUGUGGAUGUAAGAACAUUGGAGAGCCUGGUCAUCCCGGAAACCAAUUUGUCAUGUGCAGAACAUCGUUACAAGGGAGUUUACGUGCUAAGCCGGGAUCCUUUGGUUAUAUACAUUGAAGGGUUCUUGGGCGAAGGAGAGGGAAAAGAGGUUGUUGAUUUGAGCACCCCCCUCUUUAAACCCUCUACAGUCUGGACCUCCGGCCGCGAAUCCCUAAACCCUACAAUCCGGCUCUCCGAGAAAGCCCCCUUACCACGCUCCCAAACCGUAAAAUGCAUCGAAGACCGUGCUCGCACCUUUCAAGGCUGGCGCCAAAACACCUUUGUUGAGAAACUCUGGACGCAGCGCUACGGCGCGGGCGGCCACUACACGUACCACUACGACUGGAGCACUGCGACCAAGUACAGCGGGCGCGUAAGCAGUUUCAUGGUGUACGUCGAUGGGCAGUGUGAGGGUGGGGGCACGCACUUUCCGCGCCUUGAGAGACCGAGGGAUAAGAGUUGGUGCCGGUUCAUUGAGUGUGACGUCCAGGGUGCUUACGGGUCAUUAUCUGCGUCUACGACUGUUACCGGGGGAAACGACGAUGUAGAGACUGAGACUUCUACGACGAAGAUUCCGCAGGAUAGAGUGCAGGAAGAUCUUGAGAAGGGUGUGAUUUUCAAGCCAAUUCCGGGAAAUGCAGUGUAUUGGGAGAAUAUACGGUCUGAUGGGUCGGGAUUUGCGGAGAGUUGGCAUGCGGGGCUGCCAGUUAUCAAGGGUGAGAAGAUUGGGCUAAAUAUUUGGAGUUGGAUGGUGGAUGGGUAUGUACCGCCGUUGGAUCAGGUGCAGCAGGAAAAGACGGAGCAGCAAGAUGAGGUCAGGAAAGAAUGAGAAAUUUUGGAGGGGGCCACAUGAGACUGCGAUAUACACGAAGACGUACCGAUUGUUUAAAGCAGACGGAUACGCCCCUGUCAAAAUAAAAAUAUUACAAGACUGGGCUUGCAAGAGAACAGACCGAACCGCAAUGAUGAACGAAGGGAAAUAAAUCACUGCAAUGGAUACUCAAAUCGAGUACAAUAAACAAACAAAAGACAGUAUUAUUGUCCAUC